UACGUCAGCGACAGCAGCCCGGCCUGCGGUCGGGAGUGUGUCUAGUGCGAGAGUGUGCGCGCGCACGUGUGCUGCAGCUGACAGCUCCCACCAGACGGCUCUCCGCUCAAGGCCAGCCGCGCCCGUCAAGGACGACAGCAAUCCGAGAGUGGCAGCGCACAGCUCCCUCAGUAAUUGCGGAUCCACCAAAUGACCUCGAUGCUCGUCGAUGACGGUCAGUGCUGACCACCAUUCCAGAGCACCGCCACCGAGCAGUGGACAAUGUCUCGGGGAGUUUAAACAUUCGCAGAAUCGCCGCAGAGAGCAGCGCGGUGUAGCCGGGAGUCGUGCUUACGCAAGAGACGGCUCUUCGAAACAGGUACGCUCCGAAGCUGAACAGCAUUCAGCUCUGCGCCACCGAGACGGUCGCGGGCGCGGUUCCCUCGCAGCACAGGUGUGAAGCGCGGUAGGACAGAGACGGUUUCAUCGCCACUGGGACAGCGGCUCGAGGAUGGUGAGCGACGAGAGGACGCCCCUCCUCAGCCACGUGGUGCUGUUGGUUCCCAAGGAGCCCGGGGCGGCCACGGUGGUGGCGCCGGGUCCCAUCCUACCCGUAGCUGCCAUCGGCGGCGACGGGUGGUCCGGGCUCACCAACAGGGAGCUGCUGGCUAUGGCGCAGGACCCGUUCUGGGUGCGGCUGCGGAUGCUCACCUUCUGGGGUUUCUGGGUGUGCUGGUUGGUGCUUUUCGUGGCAGCCCUGUCCGUCGUCUUCACCAGUCCGCCGUGUGGCGAAGCGGACUGCGCCAACGCCACACUCACCACGACGCCGCCAGCCACCGAUCUUCCCUCCACUGUGACACUCGAGGCCUGGACAACUAUGGUGCCUCGCUGAGGGGAUUCCCCUCCAGCGCUUUGUCCAGAGUUUCCCUCUGGUCGGGAGAACUGUUACUUGGACGGCGAGACUACUAACACCGACACGAGAGGAUCCCGCGGGAUACGCCUCUCACGAUGCGGCCAACUGUGACCUACAGUGCCCACUAACUGCAAACCGUGGAUAAGUGCAGUGCAGACAUCCUGAAUAACAGCUAUGAACGACGACACGCUUCAGUCAGGUUGCCGAGGAAACGUUUAACGCCAAAUGUUGUACAGCCCAGAGGGAUUAAAAAGGAACGCGUAGCUGUCUUGUACACAUUACCAUGUUUGAUCGUAUAGCUAAGUCCCUUUAUGGUUAUUGAAAAUAAAUACGUUUGUGCUCUGUACAUUACAGAACAUUAGGCACGUCAUGAAGUAAGUACAUUCCUUGCAGUCCCAAGACGGUAAGAUUUCUUUUGUAUCAAAAAUGUAUUGUAAUCCAAAGUUAUACACUUUUAUUUGCUGUGAUACACUAUAGAUAAUUUUUAACAGAUCGGCGUAACUGUUUGUAUGAUUCUUUUCGUUUGCAAAAAAUGCCGAAGACGGUAGUAUUUAAACGAAUAAAACUAAUACAUAUUUACAGUUUAUAAAGAGACCCCUGUGUUGUUUCACGCAAUAAAAGUUAUAAGGUGAAA